UCUUCAACAUUGAAAACGUAAACAUUUAGUGGCGAAAAGAAAGAAAAUUAAAUUUUGGUGUUUGACUCGUGAAAGUGUCGAUUUCCAUUUUUGUUACAAUUUCCUACGGAAUGAAACAAUCGUGAGCCGCAGUAUGUACUCGGAGUGGGCCUCCCUGGUGCCGACCAUCACGGAGAACAUCAGCAAUGCCCAGUCGCAGAGUGUGCUGGGAAAAUUUGGCAUCGCGGGUGGGCGUGAUGUGGCAGCCGUCGUCGUGAAACAGUUAGCUGGCAAUCUUGGCAUCACGAAUGUGGCCGAACCGAGUACGCUGGCAUCGGACCAGGAGGUACAAUGGUGUAUGGAUGUGAUUUGCCAUGGGCUUUCACUGCCUCUCGCCGAACAUGACAUCAUUAAGGACUGUGUUAAUAUCUACUGCGAGUGGGUAACGGCGCUGCUGCCGCAGACAAAGAUCAGCGUUCCGAAACCGAUUGUCGAUGAUCCGAACACGUACGCUAGGAAAAUUAUCAAACAUCUCUAUAACUUGUUUGUUCCGCGACCGGGAGAAGACUGGCCUUUUCUCUAUCAAGAAGAGUUAGGAACGGACACGAUAAACCGGCAGGCAGUUUUCUGCCAUCGAGUUCUACGAACACUGCAGGAUACCGCACAAAAUUCUAAGAUACUAACGGUCGAAACCUGGGAAGCUCUAUUGCUGUUUCUGCUGGCCAUCAACGAGAUUCUGUUGGCUCCACCUAUCGUCAAGGAUGACGUUGGAGAUCAGUUAUGCGAGCGAGUGCUGAGCGUGUUGUUUGAAGUAUGGCUGCUAGCAUGCAGUCGUUGUUUUCCUUCGCCUUCGUUGUGGAAAACGUUUCAGGAAUCGUGUGGAGCAUGGCGCCACCGAAUAGCUCUGGUGGAACAGUGGAAUCGAGUUAAUUUGGUGUUGACAGCGAAACUGCUCGAGUUCACCUAUGGUCCUGCAUUUCCGGAAAUGAAAAUAAUAGAGGAAGAUAGUAAUCUAAUUCCGGCCGGUAUGACCAACGAUGGCAUCGCUCAGUCAUGGAUACGGUUUCUUAAAAUUUUAGGGGCACCGACGGAUCUUUGCUGCCCGCAGGUGAUAAGCCGCACACCUCAAUUUAUUCAGGCCGUGAUGCUCAACACGGAUGGGAUUGAGCCUCACUAUCAUCCAUGUCUGCUGCAGUUGCCGCAAAUCUUCCUGAAGACCAUGAAAGGAAUUGCUGGUCUUGUUGAUGCGUUUCUAGGCAUAGCUCUGUAUAGGCAGGACGAUGCGGCCAUUUUGGAAAACAUUCACCAGCUCCAGUAUUAUGGUAUCGGCGGGGGUGGUGCGGGGAAUACUACGCCGAACGUUAAUUUUAGACAUUCCAGUGGAGAGAUUAAGCAAAGCCCGUCAAUACGUGCCUCCGGUGGUCUUGGAGGGCUCGGUCUCGGUGCUGCUCUUGGAGUGGUUGGAAGUGGCUCGAAUCAUGGGCUUAACAGUAAUGUCACCGUUAGUGGCAAUAAUAUAUCUAGCCUUCAAUCGGAAGGGCACCCUCUUUCCGGACAUGUAGGCGCAGGGGUCAUUAGUAGCUUCAUGAGCAGUGUUUCACACGAUGGACAGUUUGGUGCGUCGUCCGAGGGAGUUCCAAACUCACCAACACCACCAUUGCAGAGGCGAUUGGCCAAAAGCUUCAGCGUAGCACCGUCCAUUUCCGCCCACACUGUUAUUUCGAUGGCUCAGGCAAAGGGUCUAACCAAAAGUUCGUUCAGUGGACUCACGAGCAGCCGAUCAUCCGCUAAUCAGCCCAAUUCGAUCCCCCAAUCAACAUCGCUGCCGUCCUCCGGUUUUUCAUCUAUGUUGUCUCUGUGUCAAGAGAAUCGCUACCCGUUAGCAGCCAACCGACCCCGCUGCAACAGCAUUCUUCAUUUAUUUGGAGAGUGGCUCUUCGACGCUGCUCACAUUGGAGGUGAAACCUGGAUACAGAAUAUGAAAAAACGUGCCGCAGAAGCUAAACGUCGUCCUUCGUCGAUGAUUAUGGAUAAUCGCAAGGGUAGUCUCUCGCAGCCGCCAUCCCUGUCGGAAAUGAGUGACGUCCCGCCGGGUCUCACCAUCGACAGGUACGAAUCGGGUAAAGCGGAAGCUGUGGGAGCUCUCUGUCGAAUAUUUUGCGCUAAGAAAACGGGCGAGGAAAUUCUUCCCGUGUAUCUGGCUCGCUUCUAUAUGGCCUUGCAGCAGGGUCUCCGGUUAAACGAUACUAAAGAGUGUGAAGAAACGUUGGCUAGCAUUUUGUACAAUUCUUCCGAUAUGUUCAGAAUAGAUUUGGAAGGGAUACAGGUUCUGUUGCCUUCGUUCAUUGCAGCGUUGGAACAGAUUCUGCCAGAGAAGGAGCUGCGAUUGAAAUCCCAGAAUGUAAUUGUGAAUAAGACGGAGCUGAGACGAGCUGCGAUCAAUGUGCUGCUAUCGUUUUUAGCUCUUCCGUUGCAUUUCCAGACUCUUCCAAUAAGAGACAUUACCGGUGGCCCAGCUGAUAAAAUGAUAACAUUCGUUCAGCUUAAGCCACGUUUGAUCAACAUUUUAAUGAAUGCACUGCAAGUAGAAAGUGAUGCCCAGAAUACCCACAUGCUGCUAGGAGGCCUUCAUUUGUGCGUACAAGACUCCGGAUCGUUCGAAGAGAUGGAACUGGGUCCGGACGUGCUACAUUCGUCCCAGCAGGCCAAUGAUUCCAAUCUACUCAGCUCAGCAUGCUCGGAGAAGAGUACGUACUCCAUCAAUAGCGCCAACUCCAGCAUCGGAGGCAACAGCACCGCUACGCUUAGCAAUGAGCCCUCUAGUUUGCCGGCUUUCGAUGAUUUCUCAUCCGACAUUAUUCAUGAUUUAGAGUUGAGUUCGUCUGCAGUUUAUGACAGUGGCCACGCACUCUUCGUCAGGGCAACAUAUCUGGUCUGUCAUCGCUUGAUCUCGUCAUGGAAGGCCGAUUUGAAUGUUUCGUUGGCAGCUUUGGAGCUCCUUUCCGGGUUGGCUGCCAUGCACAUCAAGGAUUCGGACGCUCUCGAAUGUAAACGUGCUGUCAAGUGGGUCUGUGAUUACAUCUGCUACCAAUGCUCUCGGCCUCCGCCAGCGCAUAGCAAAGAUCUGCACAGCACGAUCGUUGCCGCCUUCCAGUGCACAUCAGCCUGGCUGAUGCAUCAUCCGUACUUACUCCAGGACAAGGAAUGUUUAACAACUGUACUAGAGGUCGUAGAAUUAGGUAUAUCCGGUUCGAAAAGCGUCGGUAAACCGAGCGAACCGGUUAAGCACAAGGACGAGAAGGAACUGAAACCGGCAUCGAUGAGGGUUCGAGAUGCAGCCGAGAAUUUACUUACACUGAUACUUGAGCAGAUAGAUUAUUUCCCCAAUGAGUGUGGAAAGCAGUCGCUGUCUUCGCUACUCGACGAAGUCGUUUUAGCUAAACAUUCCAAUACAAACGAUGAAGAUACGAUCGAAAUCAGCCAGGAACAAGCGAUCAGGAAAUUCAAGUACUUUGUCACGGAAAAUUCCACCAUCCUGGCACUAUUCGAGGAGCCUCUGGGAAACGACCAGGAUCCACAACCAACUGUUACAAUACUGAUCCGCGGCCCAUUCGGACGCCACGCAUGGACGAUGCAGCUUCGUCACCUAUCGCGCAGUAAAUCCGGCACAAAGUAUCACGCUCCGAAUCCCGGUCGACCGGUUCCGAUGAAUGAUAUCAUGAUCCGGCAGGAGAUCGAAUACAAAUACUUCCCCGAUUCCGUCGAUCGCAUUCCAGCCUGCAUAGUGGAUUAUUCCAUUCCGACGCUGGAUUCGACCGAGCAAAAGGUUGGUAAUCAAUCCACCAAGCAUUUGGCCCGAUUACUUGAAGAUCAGCUUGUUUAUGAAAAGCUAUCCUGGGCGCAGACGGAAUGCUCCGUCGAUGGGUUGGGUCAUGCCCAAGAAGCAACUCCCCCUAACGUUUGUCAUGAAUUUCAAGCUGCCCGCUUGUUUCUUGCACAUUUUGGUUUUCUUUCCAUUGGUGAUAACAACAAUGGUCAGAGGAUGCUAACCGCACUAGAUGCUUCCAAGCCCGAAUUCUGUCAGGAUCUGAAAAUGUUGGAUAAAAUGAGUCCCCGAACAUGCGACACGAUUCACGUAUUUUACGUCAAAGCUGGUCAAACCUCCGAGGCUGAAAUCAUUGGGAAUAUGGACCCGGAAAAUCUGUCCAACAUCGAUGUGCAUUUUUGGAAUGUCCUUUACACGCUUGGCUGGCCAGUUAACGUUGACGAGCAUGCCGGUUGGACAGGAUUCAUUAGCAGCAGUUGGAAAAUUCCAAAAGAAAAUAAAGACCAACGAAAGCGACAAUCCUUCAACUCAUCCAACAUUGAAGAUCUCCAACUGAACGGUGAGAAAAAAGUUCUCUACUGGGCCGAUGUAGCUUCCGAGAUUGCUAUUGUCGUACCCAACCGUAGCAACCGAAGUGAAAUAUCCUUAGAUGAUACAACGGAUGGAACGUUGACCACGACGUACGAGAGAAGUGUUAGCGAGAUUCAAACUUCGAAAUUAGCUUCCAGCAAAGCUCGUCAGUAUUCUCUGGACAACGAACCAGGUCGUUUAGGUUCACUCAGCAGCAAAUCUGCUGACCCUAUUCCACCGGUUCGCCGGCGAACGGGUGCAUCCAAACCGACCACCUUGUACACGGCACCGACUGCUAAAAUUUUGCUGGUAUGGUUGGAAAGUUUUGAAGAUCAUUUGUCGUUUCCGAUUGAUGAAAUGUUGCACUAUACUCGGGCGGGUUACUCAACCGCGCAUGGGCCGAUCACACCGUUAAAUUCCAAUGAAUGUCACGUUAUAUUUUUGCAUGCACUGAAUUCCGGUUUGCUACGGGUCAAACUGCAUGGACCCACCGGAAGAAUGAACUUUGCUAUACCGCUGAUCGACGGUAUGGUCGUUAGCAAACGGGUUAUCGGUUCGUUGAUACGCCAGACAGCCUACAACAUGGCUAAGCGGAGACGUUUGGACAAUGACUCUUAUCAACCUCCACAUGUCCGCAGGCGCAUCAAAGUGCAAGAAAUGAUGCAAAAGUAUAAGAAGGAUUUAAGCGAACCGGAGCUGUUAGCCGAUCUGUUUAAGCCGUCGAUAUGAAUAGUAUUAUGUAUGUUUUGAGUUAAUUCUAUUAAUCUUUGUAUCUUUUAGUGUUUUUGCUGUUAAUUAUGUUCCCACUGGGAUGCAUUUCUGUUUUAUUUAUUGACAAUUCUAAUACAUUUAGCUGGCUAAAAUUUAUGUCGCGUUAUUUUUAGCGCUAUUUU